GAAGAGAGAGAGAGAGAGAGAGAGAUCCUUGUGGUAUGCACAUCGGACAACAAUGUCUUCCUCUCGCUCAUAAAUACAAGCGAGAAAGUUGGCAAUUGUCCGUAGGCAAUCAAUUUACAGGUAUUAAUGGCUGGAGUUGCAGAAGCAGUCUCAAAGAUGCCUCCUCCUGUUCCUGCCGUCAAGAAGAAGAGAAGCCUGCCAGGAACACCAGAUCCUGAGGCAGAGGUGAUCGCGCUGUCGCCGCGGACGCUGCUGGCGACGAACCGGUUCCUGUGCGAGAUAUGCGGGAAGGGGUUUCAGCGGGACCAGAACCUGCAGUUGCACCGGCGCGGCCACAACCUGCCGUGGAGGCUGAAGCAGAGGAGCGGCGAUCGGGCGGCCCCGCGGAAGCGUGUGUACGUGUGCCCGGAGCCGAGCUGCGUGCACCACAACCCAGGGCGGGCGCUGGGCGACCUCACCGGGAUCAAGAAGCACUUCUGCCGGAAGCACGGGGAGAAGAAGUGGAAGUGCGAGAAAUGCUCCAAGAAGUACGCGGUUCAGUCGGACUGGAAGGCGCAUGCCAAGACCUGCGGCACCAGGGAGUACCGCUGCGACUGCGGCGUCCUCUUCUCCAGGCAUGCAUGCAUCAAUUUCGAUUUGCCAAAUUUCUCGCUGCUUUAA